AUACAUCAUGGGUGCGUCCAUACGUGACGUGUGUCUGUUGGCGUACGCAAUGGUGGCUACGGCCAUCCUGCUGUACAUCUUCACCUCGGGCACCGGCUCGGCCUCGCUCGACGCCGCCCGCAACUCGCGGGCAAAGUGCAAGAUCGAUCUGGUCCACGCGCUGGAGAACGUCGAUACGCUGUACGAGCAGCUGGACAAGGAGCAGUCGCGUUCGGGACGGCUUGCGUCCCAGAUCGAGUCGAUGAAGGAACGCUUGCAGCAGGCCGAGGAUGAAGCCAAGGGUGCCGUGGCCAACGCCGAGCGCCUGGCCGAGCAGGUCGAGGCGCUGCGCGAGGCCGACAAGAUGCUGCAGGAGGCAGUCGACUCUGCCGACGCCUCGCGCGAUGCCAUGCGCAAGCAGUUGUUGGAGGUGCAGACGGCAGCAGCAGCGGCAGCGGCCGAGAACGCGCCGCAGACCUCGGGCGAGCUGCUGGACAAGUGCGCCGAGCUCGGGUGGCGCUCGCCGCAGGUUGACAUGGACACCGACGGCAAGCACACCAAGCUCAUGCCUGCAGGCCCGCUCCCGCGUGCUCUGGUCUCGGUCACUGGAUCCGCAGCGGUUGCUGUCCCGGUCGGCGUGCCUAUCGAUCCGCGGACGAUGCAGUUCCGCCUGCCCAAGACCACCAAGCGGGUGUGGUUUGACGUCGGCGCCCACCGCGACGCCAUGUACACGCUGCCUUUUGCCAAGGAGCAGGAGGACUUGCUUGUCUUUGCCUUUGAGCCGCUCUACCGCAUGUGGGCCGAACUGGCCAUCACUCACGCGCAUCCGCGGGUGGUGGCUCUCCCAGCGGCAGUCGCGCCCGACGGCGGCGUCGCUACCUUUCACAUGGCUGGCACCGACCAGUGCUCUUCGCUCAAGCCGGUCGAUCCCGAGACCGACAUCUACGACUGGCCCGGUGGAUGCACUGAGGUCACCCACGCAUACCAGGUUCCGGUCCUCUCGCUCCAGGAGGUGCUCGACGCCCUCCCGCUCCCGACGGUCCAGUUUGUCAAGAUCGACGCCCAGGGCGCAGACUUUGACGUCCUACUCUCGGCAGGGCCGGCGCUCGCUGAAAAGGUAGAGAACGUUGUCGUCGAGGUCCAGACCAACGUCCCGCUCUACGCCGGCGCCAAGAACGAGACCGAUUUUGUCGACUACAUGGCCGACGCGGGCUUUGACCUUGUCAAGCGCGCCCUGCAGGGCCCCAACGAGCUCAACCUUCUCUUCCAUAACGCCAAGCUGGGCAUCAAGCUCACCAGCGAGGACUGGGACCUGCUUCCGCUCAACAUGAUCUUUGACGGCGUGUACGAGGCCAAGGUUGCCGCCGCCUCGGGCGCGCCUGUCCGCGUCAAGAAGGGCUCGCUCAAGGUCAAAGACCGCGACCUGCCUCAGCCCUCAACAACGUCGUCGUCUCCCUAAAAAAACAGGUCUGUG